AAAUGAGACCUCGCACACCCUAAGAAUGUCACGCUCUGACGCGCGCCCGCUAUUGGCGUGCGCAGGCGCCCAGGUGCAGCCGCCAUUUUGCCCCUUUACCCGAGGGACUUGGCCCGUUAUUAGAAGUUUGCAGGCACGAAAGGAAAGAUAUGAUGCUCCUUCACCUGUGUAUUUAGAAGUACUUAAGUGUGUAUUUUCUAAAGGACAUUCCCCUACAUUCAAAACCAGAGCCAUGGUCCACGCCUUCCUCAUCCACACCCUGCGGGCCGCCAAGGCUGAGGAGGGCCUUUGCCGAGUGCUCUACUCCUGCUUCUUCGGUGCCGAGAAUUCACCCAAUGACCCACAGCCACACGGUGCUGAGAGGGACAGACUUCUCCGAAAGGAGCAGAUUUUGGCAGUGGCCAGGCAGGUGGAGUCCAUGUUCCAGCUGCAGCAGCAGGCGUGUGGCCGGCAUGCUGUGGACCUGCAGCCCCAGUCCUCAGAUGACCUGGUUGCCCUUCAUGAGGCCCCAUGUGGGGUCUUCCGCCUGGCGCCAGGGGACCCUUUCCAGGAGCCUCGGACAGUGGUGUGGCUAGGCGUGCUCUCUAUAGGCUUUGCCCUGGUGCUGGAUACUCACGAGAACCUGCUGCUGGUGGAGAGCACUCUUCGAUUGCUGGCUCGCCUUCUCCUUGACCACCUCCGACUGCUGGUUCCAGGAGGUGCCAACCUCCUGCUGAGGGCUGACUACAUCGAGGGCAUCCUCACCCGCUUCCUGCCCCAUGGUCAGCUCCUCUUCCUCAAUGACCAGUUUGUCCAGGGUCUAGAGAAAGAAUUCAGUGCUGCCUGGUCCCACUGACCCACACUGGGAUGGGAGUCCUCACAAGGUCAAGGAGAUGGUGUUAAAGGGACGCACAGCCAGGUAAAGUUUGGCAUCUGCCUCCUCCUUCCCAGCCUGCUCUCAGCUCUGGUGUACUGCCACACUCAGAACAAAUGGAUGGGACAAGCUGGCAGAAAAGGGGUCUGGGGAGAGGGUAGAGAGGCGGAAUCACAGAACAUCCUGUGCCUGGAGCUACCUUGUGACAUCUUCAGACCUCUGCAUUGGGCCAGCCCUGUUUGUCCUUGACCCCAUUUUUCCCCAUCCCUGCCAGCCAGCCCCUAGUCCACCAGUCCCUAGUGCUGGGGUAGUAAGGAACAGCUACUUGGAAUUCAGCCCACUUUCUUCUUCCAAACCCAUUGUCAUCACAGUGCAAAAGGAGUCUCUUGAGACUUUCAGAGUUGGGGAGCUGGCCUCUGCCUUUGCACCUACUUAGGCACCAUCAUCAAGGAUUUUGUUUGUGGGUGUCCAGCCCUGCUGCAGUUCACAGAGGUGUGAGUUGUUCAGCAGAGAGGCUCCAUAACUCCUUUAGAGCCCAGCCCAUGCCCACCAGCAGUCUAUGGGAAGAGAAGGUGGUGUCAGGUGGAUGUUAGAGAUCUGAUGAUGAUGUUUUCAUUUUGAAUUAA